AUUCGGAUUCACUGGAUACAUGAAUUCCAUUUUCCCACUGCUUCAUUCAGCCUUGAUCAGUCUUCGAGUUAACUCACGCAAAAUUUGUGUCCAUCAAUUCGUUAAUUUUUUUUUGUCUUAAUUGUUUGAUUCAACGUCGCAAUGGCUGUUAAAGUUGUUAUAAUUUUCCUGGCACUCAUCGUGUGCACAAUGGCUAUGGCAUACGGCAAAUAUCACGGAGGCCAUGGAAACCAUCACGAAGGCUAUGGUGGUCAUCGCGGAGGUUAUGAAGGUCAUCGAGGCGGUUAUGAUGGUCAUCGCGGAGGUUAUGGUGGUCAUCACGGCGGUUAUGACGGUCAUCGUGGCGGUUAUGAUGGUCAUCGCGGAGGUUAUGGUGGUCAUCACGGCGGAUAUGGGGGUCGUGAUGGAUACUAUUAGCGAUGAGGAUAAAGUUACCGGUUGACAAGGACGAAAUUAUAUUUUUUUUAGAAAUUUCGCCUUUAUUUUUAAGUGCAGAUUAUUAUCAGUGUCAAGUUAGUCAAGCGUGCAAUAAAUUAUUUUCCUAAACAAA